GUCCCAUCCGCCGUGACCGCCGGCGAACGACCGAGACGAGCCACGUUCGCAAGCGGCGAAGGAACAAGGUCACAACAGAGACCCAAUGGAAGACUCUUGGAAAAGUGGACGUCCUUGGACAGUGUUCCAUCCUGACCGACCUGCGAUUGCAUCAUCUCACCGAGCUGAAACUGGUCUGAGCUGUUGCUGCACGUCUGUUGCACUUCCUCGCUGUCCCAUCCGAGCGGGUAGAGCGCACAGCCGGAUCCGAUGAGCAGGCCUGCGAGAUGAGAGGAGGCCACAGCUGACGUGGAGAAGAACGACGCCUGCUCAUGUACAAUGGCAGACGCUAAGGUUGAAUCGGCAGCCGAGAGCUCCUCUGCUGCUUUGUUACACAAUCCAAACGCGACGUCUCAGCCCAACAACCCGCUAUCGAGGAAGCUGAACAAAAUACUGGAGACGCGACUUGACAAUGACAAGGAGAUGCUGGAAGCUCUGACGGCCCUGUCGGCUUUCUUCACUGAGAACAGCCUGCGCACGCGGAGGAACCUGCGAGGUGACAUUGAGCGAAGGAGCCUGGCCAUCAAUGAGGACUUUGCGCGGCUAUUUCAACAAGUAAAAGAGGAGCUCGAGAGUGUUCACGAGGAUGUUCAGGCCAUGAGCACCUGCUGCGCGGAGAUGACCAGCCGCUUAAAGGCCGCCAAGGAGCAAACCCAGGACUUGACUGUGAAAACCAAUAAGCUUCAAGGAGAAAACCACCGUCUUGAGGUCAGGGCCCAGGUGGCUCAGGCCUUCCUGGCCAAGUUCCAGCUGUCCAGUGAGGAGAUGAGCACCCUGCGACGGGCCAGAGAUGCGCCCGUUACGGAGGACUUCUUCAAAGCUCUGAGUCGAGUGAAGCAAAUCCACGAAGACGUUAAAAUACUCUUGCGGACCAACCAGCAGACUGCGGGGCUGGAGAUCAUGGAGCAGAUGGCCGUGUUGCAGGAGGAGGCGUACGAGCAACUCUACCGCUGGGCUCAAAACGAGUGCAGAGGAUUAAGCCAGGAGACGUGCGAUAUCAGCCCCAUCUUGACGCAAGCCAUGGAGGCUCUCCAGGAUCGGCCCGUCCUUUACAAGUACGCCCUGGAUGAGUUUGGGACGGCACGCAGGAACGCGGUGGUCCGCGGCUUCAUUGACGCCUUGACGCGCGGGGGCCCGGGCGGAACUCCCCGUCCCAUUGAAAUGCACUCACAUGACCCCAUGAGGUACAUCGGCGACAUGCUGGCCUGGCUGCACCAGGCCAGCGCCUCGGAGAGGGAGCACCUCGAAGCGCUGCUCAAGCAAGUCACCCUGCAGGGCGUGGAGGACAACAUGCAGGAGGUGAUUGGACACAUCACAGAAGGAGCGUGUCGUCCUCUGAAAGUGCGCAUCGAGCAGGUGAUCGUGGCCGAGCCAGGCGCGGUGCUGCUCUACAAGCUGUCCAACCUGCUCAAGUUCUACCACCACACCAUUAGCGCCAUCGUGGGGACCAGUGCGGCCUCCUUGCUCAUGACCGUGGAGGAGAUGCACAUGCUCAGCAAAAAGAUGUUCUUCAACAGCCUCAGCCUUCAUGCCAGCAGACUCAUGGACAAGGUGGAGCUCCCGCCUCCUGACCUGGGCCCCACCGCUUCCCUCACCCAGACGUUGGCCCUCCUCAGGGAGGUUCUGGCCUCUCACGACUCCUCCGUGGUCCCCGUGGGUGCCCGCCAGGCCGACUUUGCCCAGGUGCUCUCGUGCAUUCUGGACCCCCUCCUGCAGCUGUGCACGGUGUCCGCCAGUAACCUGGGCACGACCGACAUGGCCACCUACAUGGUCAACUCGCUGUACGUGAUGAAGACCGCGCUGGCGCUCUUUGAGUUCACAGAUAAGAGGCUGGAGAUGCUGGAGUUCCAGAUCGAGGCUCACCUUGACACGCUGAUCAACGAGCAGGCCUCCUACGUGCUGACCAGGACGAGCCUCAGCUACAUCUACAACCGUGUGCAGCAGCACAACGCCGAGCAGGGUCCUAUGUCCCUCCUGCCCGGCAUGGACGUCUCCUCGGUGAAAGCGGCUAUGGUCCAGUUCGACCGCUACCUGUCGUCUCCCGACAGCCUGCUGAUGCCGCAGCUCAACUUCCUGCUGAGCGCCGCCAUCAAGGACCAGAUCUUCUCGCAGUCCACCGAGCUGGUGUGCCGGGCCUACGGGGACGUGCACGCGGCGCUCGGCAGCCCGGCCAACGCCUACAAGGACCCCGAGCACCUCCUUCCCAGAUCCCCCCAGCAGGUCCGGGCCCUGCUCUCGUGAGAGACGUCCGUCCUUCCGUCUGCUCCCGUUGCAGGUUAUUUCCAGAGCGUGGUCAUGUGUAAUCAUAACGCAGACGUGCGCACGUGUGGCCGGCCCGGCCCGCGUUAGGCGGGGUCCUGUGGCCUGUGAGUCAGCUCCCACGUCUUGUCUGUCUGUGGAAGCUCACCAAUAUUGUUAUUGCGUGAAUAUGAACUCUUUUCAUAUGAUAUUAAGCAGAUGUUUAUGCCCGAUGAAAAACUUUUUGGGGUCAACAUUUCCCCAUACCUUUCCUUCUUCUCUUUCCCAAAGACUUGAUUGAGCCGAGACAUCGAUUGUACAUUUGGCACAACGGCAAACUCACCUCUAGUUAACUCGUACUCAUCUCAUCUGGUGACAUCCGAAUAAAUGAAAAUAUCAAUGCAA